AUGCAGCUUCCCACCUUGGCCGUCACCAUCCUGGCUCUUCAGGCUCUAGGCAUCUCCGCUGUGGCCUUGAAAGCUCGUCUCACACCUCAGCAAAAUGACUGCAAUCUUCCUGAAGGGGAUCCACAGGGAGCAGACUGCGUGACCAAGUUGCGCAUCCGACAAGAUGGCGGUUUACCCCUGGGUCUGACUUCCAUCACCGUCGGCACCGCGACGACCUCGUCCGGAGACCUCGUCCCCAUUUCUGUCCCGUAUACACUCUCUCAUGACCCUACAGUCCCGCUGUCCGGAAGCGGCACAACUGUCUUUGACUCUUCCUUGAAGAGCGCCACCUUGGUUGCCGUUGACGUGCGCAGCUCGUCGCUGGCAGCCUUCUCGUCGGCCCAGUGCACUUUCUACACCGCGAGUGUGGACCUCGGGGACGGCGAUUCUGCGUGUGAUGGUGAUUCCGUCGCAUCAGCGUCGACCGCAGACGGCACGAAAGUGGCGUUUAGCGAGCCGGUGAUUUGCAUGACAUGCUGUUACUCAUGAGCUGUGGAGGACUGUUAAGAUAUGCGAGGAAGUUUUGUGGGAAGCGGUUCGUUUAUUAGGGGGUUGCAUCUCUUGCACGCGCAUCUUGAGUCGUUGGUGCGAAUACGUUGGAACAAGGGGGCAGUGCUUGCGAACGAACAGAAUACUGGAUGAAUCGUUUAAUUAACUUAGGUAUUUAUUCCUAGAAAAGUACUCAAUCCCCG